AUGAAUGAUCUUCACGUUGACGUCUCGGAGAGCGAGGAGUCCCACUGUCUUGUGUACACUCCUUCACGCUCUAGUCUGGGUCCGUCUCCUUCAGCUCUUCCUGAACCACGGACCGUGCCGGACCCGGUUCCUGAACCACGGACCGUGUCGAACACGGUUCCUGAACCACGGACCGUGUCGAACACGGUUCCUGAACCACGGACCGUGUCGAACACGGUUCCUGAACCACGGACCGUGUCGAACACGGUUCCUGAACCACGGACCGUGCCGGACCCGGUUCCUGAACCACGGACCGUGCCGGACCCGGUUCCUGAACCACGGACCGUGCCGGACCCGGUUCCUGAACCACGGAUCGUGCCGGACCCGGUUCCUGAACCACGGACCGUGCCGGACCCGGUUCCUGAACCACGGACCGUGCCGGACCCGGUUCCUGAACCACGGACCGUGCCGGACCCGGUUCCUGAACCACGGACCGUGCCGGACCCGGUUCCUGAACCACGGACCGUGCCGGACCCGGUUCCUGAACCACGGACCGUGCCGGACCCGGUUCCUGAACCACGGACCGUGCCGGACCCGGUUCCUGAACCACGGACCUCGCUGGACCCCGGUUCGUAA